CAAAAUGCAUGGUCUGUGUAUGCUAUGUAUCAACUUUUAGUGCACAAGAAUCAAAACACAUGUUAAAAGGCUUAAUAAUAAUGAUAGUGGGAAUUUAUUAAUAAACAACUGUUGGGCCAGACUAGAUUUCCAUGUACCUGACAAUCAUAUGUAACAGGAUCUGUAUACUGGCCUAUAAGUGACAACAGCUGAUCGUGUGGCUUUCAAAAAGAUAGGAGGUUGUGCUGUUACCUAGUACUGAUGGAGGAUAUCCCUACCUACUGUAGUGUCUGGGUAACAGCUGGGUCGGUGAGGUUAUAACAGGGACUAUAGUUACAGGUACAAAUGUACCUCCUGUGGACAGUGGAUAGAGACGUUGCCUAAGUUACAGGUACAAAUGUACCUCCUGUGGACAGUGGAUAGAGACGUUGCCUAAAGACAAUUGAAUGUAUACGUACAGUGUGUAUUGUAGGAUCACUUACAAAAUGUAGCUGCGUGAUGUUUUUUGUUUUAUAAAGUUCUGCACUAAUGACAGUGAAGGAGAUUAUACAUUUUGUACAGGCGAGAAAUUGUGAUGGAUUGGACGUAGCAGAUAGACAAAAGUGACUCAUCUGUGUGAGGGGAAUCAACAACAUCAGUAUAAAAGAUGGGCACUUUCAAGGCGCAGCUUCUUUGGGACAGUAUAAAUAAGGGUGACCUAACAAAUACCAUCAACCUCCUAGAGAAUGGUACCAUCAACCCGGAGGAGAGAGACGAGAAUGGGAAGACUUUCCUGAUGCUGGCUUCAGAGACGGGAGAAUUGAACAUUGUCAGGGAGCUGCUGGAGUAUGUCGACACCAAUGCUGUAGACAAUGACAACUGGAGUGCCUUGAUGUGUGCUACCAAAGGGGGACACUUGGAAAUUGUGAUCGAACUUUGUGAGAAGGAGGCCGACAUUGAGCAUAGAGACAUGAUGGGAUGGACAGCCCUGAUGUGUGCGUGUUACAAAGGCAGGGAGGAAGUGGUCAGUGAGCUACUGGACAGGGGAGCUAACUGCAAUAGCAAGGCUGAGUUCAACAUGACGUGUCUGGCUUGGGCUGCCGGUCGAGGCCACACUCAGAUUGUAAAGGAGCUGUUAAAGCAUGGGGCCAAGGUCAACAUGUCAGACAAGUACGGGACGACUCCUCUGAUCUGGGCCGCUAGGAAAGGAUAUCUAGAGAUUGUUGAGGCACUGCUUCAAGAGGGAGCCAACGUGGACACGACAGGCAUGAAUUCCUGGACCGCUUUGCUGGUGGCAACAAAGUACGGUAAUUCUGAGGUUGUCAGCCAGAUCCUGGAGUAUGAUCCAAAUAUCAAUGCUGUUGAUAAGGAUGGUUUCUCUGCUCUGACCAUAGCAGCCAAGGAGGGCUACAUAGAGAUAGCACAUGACUUGCUGGCCAAGGGGGCUUAUGUCAACAUCGCUGACAGAGCUGGAGACACAAUCCUGAUCCAUGCAGUAAAGAGUGGCCAUGUUGAGAUUACGCGGGCCCUGUUAAACAAGUAUGCUGACGUGGAUGUCCAGGGUGCGGAGGGAAAGACGGCUACCUAUUGGGCAGUAGAGAAAGGUCAUGUAGACAUCCUGAGGUCACUGCUCGAUAACAAUCCUGACCUGGAAAUUAGUACAAAGGAUGAGGACACACCACUGAUGCGGGCAGUGAGGAACAGAACUGAACAGUGUGUCCGUCUCCUUCUGGACAAGGGUGCCAAAGUGUCUGCUGUUGACAAGAGGAGUGACAAUGCACUGCACAUCUCCCUUCGAGCCAGGAGUAAACGUAUAACCGAGCUGUUGUUGAGGAAUCCUCGGAAUGGUCGCCUGUUGUACCGCUCCAAUAAAGCUGGAGACACGCCCUACAACAUUGAUGCUUACCACCAGAAGAGCAUCCUCACCCAGAUCUUUGGACAUCGGAACCUGAAUGCUAAUGAUGGUGAAAACCUGUUGGGAUACAAUAUCUACACCAGUGCCCUGGCCGACAUACUUAGUGACCCCUCCCUCAACACACCUAUUACUGUUGGCCUGUAUGCCAAGUGGGGCAGUGGAAAGUCCUUUCUCCUCAGCAAGUUACAAAAUGAGAUGAAGUCAUUCACAAAGGAGAGUGUAGAGGAACACUUCACUCCAUUCUGUUGGGCCUUGUUCUUUGUUCUCCUCAUCUUUAAUAAUGUCGUGGGUGUCACCAUGGCCCUCAUCUGGGGCUGGCAGUACGGCCUUGGAGUUGGCCUCGGCUUGUUUCCUUUUGAGUACGUUUGUCUGGGUCUGGAGUACCACCUUGCCCAGAAGUAUGAAGUGCGCAUUGCAGUGUCGAUCAGUCUUUCUUUGGGGAGGAAGAUGUUAUUACUCAAGCUGCUGUUAAAGGUGUUUUUCUGUAACCCUGCACAGUGGCCCCAGCAGAUCAAUGAUGGUCACUCAGUCAAAUUCCUGUUUUCCGAGAGUACCCGUCUGGUGAGUGUGGGAGGAGAGAAGUCACUGGCAGCCAUGGUAGGGACCUUGGGAGAUGUUCUGGAACAGGAAUAUGGAGUACUAGUAGCAAGGCUCUUCAGGGUGUUCAAACCAAGCACUGGGAAGAUAUACAGGGGGAGGUUUAAGUCCCUGUGUUGUAUCCCGUACUUCCUGAUUGUUAUCAUCGUGAUGCUGUGUAUAGGCGUAGGCGUCACGCUGGUGGUCACUAACGGAAUCGAUGAUGACAACACGGUGUCUGUCAAUGCAGCCAUGAUAACGUUUGCCUCUAUUGUUGGCUUGUCCAUCAUCAGCAAUGCCUUCACCUGGGGCAAAGCUCUGUUGGCCUUGCUCCGCUCACAGCAGUCCAGGAUUAACCAAGCCGCAGACAAGAUUGACGUCAUCAAGAUGGACGGCCUGAUGCAGAAGCUGAAGUAUGAGGUGGUGCUGAUGACAAGAAUGGUGACCUGCAUGGAUAAGUUCACAAGCAGCCAGACUCGCCUGGUGGUCAUCGUGGACGGGCUGGACAGUUGUGAACAGGACAAAGUCUUACAGGUGCUAGACAUCAUAAAGGCCCUGUUCUCAGACGUAGAUUCACCCUUCAUUACCAUUCUGGCUGUGGAUCCUAACAUCAUCAUAAAGGGUAUCGAGUCCAACCUGAAGCUCGACAUCCAUGAUUCUAAUGUUAAUGGGUUUGACUACCUCAGGAACUCUGUACACCUUCCCUUCUACCUGCAGAGUCAGGGCAUCAAAAUACAGAAACAGGACAUGGCAGAAAGCCCCACCCCCGGGGAUGAAUCACCUACUAGAAAUAAGACAUUCCAGCAUCAAGAUUCCGUGUGGUCGUCCUACUCCAGUUUAGAUGGUAAAAGACGAUCAUCUCAGCGCAGGGAUACCAGUAGUCAUGCCUCUAAUCUGGACAUAAGCCAAUCGCUGACCAAGAAUGACUACUUCAGCGACAUCAACCCUCGCAGCAUGAGGCGCCUCAUGAACAUUGUGGCAGUCACAGGCCGACUGCUGCGCGCCUACAAUAUAGACUUUAAUUGGCAUCGUCUGGCUGCCUGGAUCAAUCUGAUUGAACAGUGGCCAUACAGGGUAUCCUGGAUCAUACUGUACUUUGAGGAAAAUGAAAUGCUGGACUCGUCAGUAACACUGGCCUCACUUUACGACAGGGUUGUAGACAGUAUGCCGUCGUCUCGAGAUAUUGAGCCUCUAUUGGAGAUUGACCGCAAUGUUCGUAAAUUGGAAACCUUCCUUAGGACAGGGUCCAGGAGUAGUCCAAUCCUCAACGUUGGUGACCUGAAAAAGUUCCUUCCAUGUGCCAUCAACCUGGACCCUUAUCUUCGUAAACUUAUAAGAGAGAUGCAGAAGAAUACAGAUCUGUAUGGACAAGGGAACCCAUUCCCUGUGGCCAGCCCUAAACCUGGCCCCAUGGCUGGCCCUAUGAUGGGACCAAUGGUUGGGCAGUUGGCAGCCCCACUCCGUGGACAGGACUCACAACUUCUACAGCGCAGACAGGCAACACGAAACCAGGGAGCGGGAUUCUCGUCCUACUCUAUGGAUAGAAGCCUGCCUAUGGCUCCUCUACCCUACCCACCCUACCCGGGCACGUACCAUCCUCAGGCCUACAUGGGAAUGCCCUACUCCCAAGCUUAUCCCAUUCCAUAUAGUUUUAACUCGCAGAGUGCUUACAGUGUUGAUCCAGCAUCACAAGUCAAAGUUGAGGGCUUUGAGGAGAAAAAGCUAAGCAUGCUUAGUGUGGAGGAAAUCUGUGAUUUUGUGUCUAAGGUCAAAGGAAUAAACCAUUCCAUGUUGGAACAAUAUCAGGCCUGUAUCCAUGACAACAAUGUAUGUGGACUUGUCUUGUCAACAUGUGACCUUGGAGAGCUUGGGAAGGUCAUUACUAUGAAAUUUGGGGAUUGGCAACUUUUCAAAUCUGCAAUUAUUUCAAUGAGAAAUAGAGAGGAAGAAUUGUUGACGCUAGAAGAAGAACAAUUGGACGCUUUGUCUUCCAGUAGAGACGUUAGUCCAGAUAAUGAUCUACACAAGGCAAAUGGUGGUGAAGAAACUGAUAUCAUAGAAACAGACAUUGGGAAAAUGUCCGGUCAAUCCAUUUACGAAGACAGAAAAAAAAAAUCAAUACUAGUCAAUGCAGAUUGUGUGAGACGGAAGUCCCAAUCUAGUGCUGUCGAAAGAAAAAAGUCUGUUCAGAUCAGUGAUGAUGUGUCAUUUUCAGGAUUUCAUGAACAUUCUAAUGUUGGGUCAUAUCGUCCGUCCUUGGUGAAGCAGGACUCUGUGUACAGUGGUCAGAGUCAGCGAUACGCUUCUUCUGUGGAUGGAAAAGACCCCGACAGCGAUAAAGCCAUGCCACGCAAUGACAGCCUAGCUAGGCAGAUGGAGUUUGAAACUGGUCUCUUGCAUAAGGCAAUGAUGCACUUCACAGAGGAGGAUCUGGAGGAGUCUGGGGAGGAAGACACUUCCCCACUUACCUCAUCCGUCAAGUUUGGACUAAGCGAUGCUGACUUUCCAACAAGGGACAGUCCUAAAAAGGAUACAGAACCUCUUUUAAAAAAGAAACCACAAAAAGACAAAAAAAUGAGUGCUGUAGGAUCAUUAUCAUCAAGUGUAGAAAAGCUCAGUCGAAUGUUUUCCUCAACCUCUUCUCUGUCCCUUCCGAAUUCUGUACCCAACGAGGAUUCCAUCGGUUUUACCGCCAUUUCUAUGCAUCCUGUAGGACCGGACUCUGUUUCUACAUUUCCCAGUGGCUCUGUGGACAUGGUAAAUGAGGUGAGUCCUAGAGGAGCCUCCUCGGGAAGUCAGUCACAGCUUCCUCAGGACGUGAGGACUUUGGAGGAGAGUGUCCAGGCUUACAUAGCAUCUUCCACGGAGCAAUCUCCCAUUGAACUCCCAAACAAGGGAUCCAUCCAAUACAGUCCUGUCAGAUCUGAGGAGUCUUUUGUAGAAUUUGAUAAUAGGGAAUCAAAGGUGUAAAUGUAGAAGCCUAAAUGCUUACUUUGGUAAUUAUAUUCAAUGUUACAUUAACCUUGAAAAUUGUCAAAAAAUGUUGCAUUUUGUACUGGCUUGCCUUUAUCAUCAAAAGCAUUACACAGAAAUCAAACUGGCUUGUUGAAGGCUAUUUCUGUCUGCUCCAUAUUAAAAAGACAACACAUGUUGGUACAGUAAAACCGCUCUAAUCUGACACCCUGCUGAACACUAUACAAUGAAUUUAAGUAAGUUAGACAGAAUGUCAUAAAACUUUGGUCAGACUAGACAGAUUUUGCUGUAAGAGGUUUAUACAAUCCCAUGAUGGCAUCCUAAUAUCUCAGGAGAAUGAGAACUAGUAAUAGGAACAAAUGAAGAUUGUGUGGAUAGGUUUAGCUUUGCUUGUGCAUUGUAUAGCCAAAAGUAUGCACCAGAACGCAUUUGUUUGUGAUUAUAAACUUAAGCCAAAGUACAAUUAAUAUAUGUAUAAAACAUUUUCUGGUAUUGUGUACCAGGUCCAUGUCAAAUUAGUCUGAUGUUGUGUUUGUAUCAAACUAGAGCCAUCUGACUUGCAUUUGAUUUGUCUGAUUUGGUUUUUGUUUAGAGAUUAUAAAGAAAAUAUGCGAUCAGUUUUUGUACCAUUCUUCAUCUCAGGAAGUCUCUUCAGAAAAUCACUAAUAAAUCUAAAGAAAAUUAUCUUUUACUCAUUCACCCCCUGAAAUUUCAUAAUAAACUAUUCCAACCUUUGAAUUGGAAGAGUUCAAAUGUGUCU